AUGGGCCGCGUCAAAAACAGAGAGGAGAAGAAAAAGGCGGCGCGGAUUUUCAGUUCAGGCUGUGGUGGAGGAACUCGUGGCCCUUCUGUGGUUGACAAACGUGGGCAAGAAGUAAACUGCCCACAUUGUGGGAAAAUAUUCAAGCAGAGCGGCCGCCUUCAAGAUCACAUACAACGUCACCACAAUGACGACAAACGACAACCUGAUGCUGAGGAGCAAGAAGAGCGACCCUCUGGUUCCGAGGAGGGCUGUUCCAGUCAGGCUGUGCUCAGUGUUCAGGAUGUUGGCAGCAAACCAGGCUUCUACACGCACAAGUCACCAAAGCUGAUGCUUCUUGAGUGGUGCCAAAAGCAGGGCAGGAGAAGGCCAAUAUACAAACUGAAGGCGCAGCCUGAUGGCAGGGUGUCUGGCCGGGUGGUCCUUCCAGAUGAGAAAUAUGCCAACAAGGACAUCGUUGUCCACUUGCCCAAGGAGUUUGCUGCGGACAGUGAGCAGGAGGCUGCGCAGUAUGCUGCCACUGCAGCGCUACACCAUGUUGCGGGCGAUCGAGCAUUGGAUCGUGUUUUGCCACCUGACUAUGUGGCCAUCUGGAAUGACUGUGCCAAGCGGAAAGAGGAACGGGACCGCUUGGAGCAAGAGUGGGAAGGUAGACGGAAGCAGGCAGAGACAAACAAGAUGAGAGCAGCAAGAAGGCAGCAAAAGGUUGUUGUGAUGAGCGAACAAAAUCAAAGAAUGGUGGAGGCUGUUGUCCGCAACAUCAAAGGACAGCAGUCAGAUACAUCAACAUGUGAUGCAUCGACAUCCAGCCGGCCAGCCCCAGAGGCCUCGUUGCGCCAGAUAGAUAGACAGCUGAAGGCGAUGGGCUUCUCUGAAGAUCAGCGCAUGGCUGCUCAAGCUGCACUGGACGUGGAUGCACAAUUAUCUGAACACCUUGACUGGCUGCUCCUCAACAUGAGCAGUGAAAAUCUGCCAAAACAGCUAGCAGGAAGUUCUGCCACCAACAUCGUUGGGGUGCUGCGCACUGCCUACGAUGACCGCACAGCUGAAUGCAAGAACGAUCCAAUCGUGCUGGGUCUCUGUGAGUAUGGGUAUCAUUACUCUGAGGCUGCUGAAGCUCUGGGACAAACGAACCACGACCCCGAAGAAGCCCUCCAGAGAUUGUUUUCAAAACUGACAGGCAUUGAGGUUGUGUCUGCAUGCGAGAUGCAGAUUGCUGAUGAGGACAGUGCCUGGAGGGAGGAGUGCACGGCGUUGGAAGCCAUUUAUGGGGAAGACAUCGAAUUCCCUUCUCCCUCAUCUGCAUGCCUGACAGUCUGUGUGGAGUGUGACGAAGUGGAAAGUUUGAACAGUCAGGGUGAAGCCCUAAAGGUGACACUCUUGAUCAACUCUAUUCCGAAUGACUACCCAGAGGCCAUACCAGUCAUUGCAGUCAGCUGCACCGACGUCCCUCACCAGGGGCUCAAGACUGUCACGCUGAAGUUGGUUGAACAUGCUCAGGAGCUGUUAGGAUGUCCAAUGGUGCACGAUUUGGCCACAGCUGUCCCAGAACUCUUGAAGGGCGUAGAUUUUGAUGAAGCGAAAAAAUGUAUAGAAAAGGUCACAGAAACCCCCCAUCCACAAGAGGACAUUGAGGUGGAGGCCAUACAUGAAGAAGACAAACAGUUGAUGCCAGCGGAGCCUGUCAGGAAUUCUGUCCACACGGCCCCAAGGAAGGGACGACGAGCGCCUCAGCUGUCACCUGCCGAUCUGGAGGCUGAGAACCGGAUUCUAGAGCUGCAGCAGAACGAACUGGCCAGGAGCAGUCAGCAUGAUGGCAUCAGGAAACAGAGGCAGGGCCUGCCAGCUUUCGAACAGCGCAAUGAGGUGCUGGAAGCAGUGGAGUGCAGCCAAGUAGUGGUGGUGACUGGCAUGCCAGGCUGUGGAAAGAGCACUCAGGUUCCUCAGUUCAUACUCGAAAAUGCCAUUUCCAAUGGGCAGGGGUCAAGAUGCAGCAUCGUAUGCACACAGCCCAGGCGGAUAUCUGCAUUGGGCCUUGCACACAGGGUGGCAGAUGAAAGGGCAGAGGAGGUUGGGGAGGUUGUGGGGUAUGCCAUCAAGAACCAAUCUUGCAGGUCGAAGCGAACAAGAAUAAUGUACUGCACAAUUGGCGUUUUGCUUCGACAGAUGAUCUCUAACCAACAUCUUUCCAAUGUGAGCCAUGUGGUUGUUGAUGAGGUUCAUGAGCGCAGUGUGGACGUUGACCUGUUGCUACUGCUGGUGAAGAACAACUUGAAGCGCCCAAAAUGCCACAAGGUUGUGCUGAUGUCAGCCACUGCAAAUGCCCCAGACUUUGUGAAUUACUUCAGCAACGAGAAAUGCAAGGUGUCAGUGGUGCACAUCCCAGGCUUCACUCAUCCUGUCCGGGAAUUCUUCUUGGAGGAUGCUGUGAGGAUGACAGGCUUCACACCCAGCAAGGGCCAGUUUGGUACCUUGAGUGAUCGGAGCCAAGGAAAUGGCGAUGAAGGAAAGCAGGGCUCGCAGGCUAGAAAGGCAACUGCUCUUCAGGAUGAGCUCCAGGCUUGCUACGAACUGAUAGAGUGCCUCGUUGCGUACAUCGUGAGUGAGGAGAAACUUCGUGGACCGGCAGCUCUGCUGCAGGGAUGGUCAGAAUUUACACCAGAAGAGCAAAAGAGGGUGUCGGCAUGUGGGGCGAUACUUGUGUUUUUGCCUGGAGCACUGGAAAUUAACAAUGUGGCCAGGGCCUUGCGAGAAUCUCCAAAGAUUCAAGGCGUCUGCGGCCGCCAGGGGCUGGAAGUGAUGGCCCUGCAUGCCACCCUGCCUCCUGGCGAACAGCGACGGGUGUUCGACGCCAUGCCCAAGGGCGUGCGAAAAGUCGUGGUGUCCACCAACGUGGCAGAGACCAGUGUAACCAUCCCUGAUGUUGCAGUGGUCAUCGACACCUGCUUCGUUAAGGAGGUUGGCUAUGACCCCGAGCGCAGAAUCAGCAGGCUGCAGCUGACGCACGUGUCACAAGCAGCCGCGAAGCAGAGGGCGGGAAGGGCUGGCCGUGUGAGGUGCGGUGUGUGCUUCCGCCUGGUGACCAACCGCCAGUGGGGCAAGCUGCGGCGACACCAGGAGCCUGAGAUAUGUCGGGUGCCACUCGAGUCCCUGUGCCUCAAUCUGGCCGCCCUGCUGGGGCAUUCCCUCAGCGUGGAGGAGUGCCUGCGGCAGUGCCUGACGCCCCCAGGGUCAGGCCACGCUGAGGCGGCAUUGAAGACCCUUGAGGAGGUGGGCGCCAUGGGGCAGGAUCGGCUGCUCACGCCUCUGGGACAGCACUUGGUGCGGAUGCCAGUGGACGUGAGAGUGGGCAAAAUGCUGGUGUAUGCCGCCAUCCUCCAAUGCCUGGAUCCCGUCCUUACCAUCGCAGCUGCGAUGUCGUAUGGCCGCUCAGUGUUUCUGAGCCCAUUGGAUCGUCGAGCAGAGGCGGAUGCGGCGAGGAAGGAGCUGUGCACCGUAAGCAAGGUUGCCCACACCAAGAGUGACCACCUCGCCAUCGUCGCGGCAUUCUCGCAGUGGGUGAGCGCCAAAGAAAAAGGGGGCAACGCGGCCGCGUCGCAGUUCUGCCGACGCAACUACGUCUCCUCGGACGCCAUGCAGGCUACCCUGGCGGGCCGCGCCGAGUACGCCACCAUCCUCGCGGACCUGGGCUUCGUGCCGCCCUCCUACUCCCCCGCCGCCGCGCCCGCCCCCGUCGGGGCCAACAAGUUCGUCUCCAACACGCGCUUCGUUCGGGCGGCCGUGUGCGCCGGAUUCUACCCCAACAUCCUGCGCGUGGAGCACCCUCCGAAGCGGUACGCAGAGGUCGGCGCCGGGGCGGUUGCCGUCGAGGGCGAGGCGAAGCAGGUCAAGUUCUUCGACCGGGAUCGCCAGCGCGUGUUCCUGCACCCGGCAUCCGUCAACUUCGACACCGCGAGGUUCGAGAGCGGCUGGCUCGUGUACUCGGAGAUGGUGCAGACGGCCAAGGUGUACGUGCGGGCGGCCUCGAUGGUGCCGGUGUACGCGAUGCUGCUGUUCGGGGGGGAGGUCGCCGUGCGGGCGGACAGGGGGCUGAUUGUCCUGGACGGGUGGGCCGAGUUCGCGGCGCCGGCCAAGGUGGCGGUGCUACUGAGGGAGCUGCGGGAGGAGCUGGGCCGGAUGCUGGCGGCCAAGAUCGACGAUCCCGGGCUGGACUUGGGGGCGAGCGAAGCCGUGGGAGCCGUGAUGCAGCUGCUGCACACGGACGGCUUCUGA